AUGAUUUACGAAAUUUACAUGGACUUUAUUCGCACCGUUCCGAAAGAUGUGUGGUCGGCAGUAAAUCAGGACAACAAAAUUUCUUUUAAUUUGAAUUCAUAUCUGUCCAAGUAUAAGGACCCCCUGACGUGUGAUGCCAUAGCUAACACAAACAUGAAAAUCAGCGAAAACAUUGAAAAAGUGAGAACAACUAUGGACGCACUCAUCAGGAACAGGGAAAAUUUGGAUGUCCUCGUCGACAAGAGCAAGGAUCUUUCGACUACGACUAAGCAGUUAUUUAAGCAAAGCAAGAAACUUAAAAGGAGACAGUGUUGCAGGAUUAUGUAA